AAUCCCUUCUGAGACAGUUCUGAAAGCUUUUUCCUUUCUGCUUAAUCACUGCACACUGCUCUCCCAAGCUCACCAGCCCCAAAAGCCUCAGGCGAACAGGUCUGCUGCCCUUUCACCAAUGUCUGAAUCCAAGUCCCUGGCUUCUCUCCAUUUUCGACUGAAUAGUGUGUAACGUCUUUUUCCUCUGCCAGCUUUGACUAACAUCUUCUGCUCAGGUUAACUUUUGCACAAGCAAUGGCUGGUUUUUGCUCAUCAUGAAGGAGGGAGAAGCUUAACUAAGGUGAGAUCAAGAGUUUCCUGUCCCCUUGGAGGUAGUCACCAUCUUGGAGGUGACCAUUUUAAAUAAAACAGCCCAGAAGGAUGGAUUUUGGCAGUGUAAUGAAGCAGGCUGCCACACCUUGCAUGCCUGCUGGCAAUCAUGAGCUGCCAUCCACUGAGGAGAGCCCUGCAAAGCAUGUAGAUACCCCGGUGUUUGCAAGAUCCCCCAAAAUUAUGCAGCCACAACGUAAACCUUCAAGGAACUUGAGCCUAAACCAGGCCAUGGAAGACACUUGUGAACUAGACCUGGUAUAUGUCACAGAACGGAUAAUUGCUGUCAACUUUGCAAGUUUGUCGGAAGAGCAAACCUUCUGCAGCAACCUGAAGGAGGUGGCUCAGAUGCUUAAAUCCAAGCAUGGGGACAGUUACUUGCUUCUUAAUCUGUCAGAGAGGAGGCAUGACAUCAGCAAGCUGCAUUCCAAGGUGCUGGAUUUUGGAUGGCCUGACUUGCACACACCUGCCCUGGAGAAGAUAUGCAGCAUCUGCAAGGCCAUGGACACGUGGCUCAAUGCUGACCCACACAAUGUGGUAGUGCUGCAUAAUAAGGGGAACAGAGGCCGAACAGGGGUUGUUAUUGCUGCUUACAUGCACUAUAGCAAUAUUUCAGCCAGUGCAGAUCAGGCUCUGGACCGGUUUGCCAUGAAGAGGUUCUACGAGGACAAGGUGAUCCCAGCUGGGCAGCCAUCUCAGAAGAGAUAUGUCCAUUACUUCAGCGGUCUGCUGUCUGGCACCAUCAAAAUGAACAACAAGCCCCUCUUCUUGCAUCAUGUCAUCAUGCAUGGAAUACCCAACUUUGAAUCUAAAGGAGGCUGCCGGCCCUUCCUCAAGAUAUAUCAGGCGAUGCAACCAGUCUACACAUCUGGAAUCUACAAUGUGCAGGGAGAUAGCCAAACAAGCAUCUGUAUCACCAUAGAACCAGGACUCCUCUUAAAGGGAGAUAUUUUGCUGAAAUGCUAUCACAAGGAAUUCCAUAGCCCGACUCGGGAUGUAAUCUUUCGGGUGCAGUUCCAUACUUGUGCCAUUCAUGAUUUGGCUAUUGUCUUCAAUAAGGAAGACCUGGAUGAUGCUUUUAGAGAUGAGCGGUUUCCCGAGUAUGGGAAGGUGGAAUUUGUAUUCUCCUAUGGUCCUGAGAAGAUUCAAGGCAUGGAACAUCUGGAGAAUGGCCCAAGCGUCUCAGUGGAUUACAACACUUCAGAUCCACUCAUCCGCAGAGAUUCCUAUGAAAACUUCAAUAUACGUCGUGAAGACAGCAUGGACGAAGUUGGGCACACCCAAGGGCCCCUAGACGGAAGCCUCUAUGCCAAGGUGAAAAAGAAAGACUCGCUCCACGGCAGCCCUGGCACGGUCCACCCCAACCGCGCUGCCCUCUCUGCCGCCCCCAACCACAUUGAGCACACACUCUCGGUCAGUAGUGAUUCAGGGAACUCAACAGCUUCCACCAAGACGGACAAGACCGAUGAGCAGGUGGUCCCUCCAGUCCCCAGCAGCAGUGGAGGAAACAACCCUGUGUUGACCCCUGAAGAAAAGCGGGAGCUUGAGAGCUUGCUCAGUGGGUUUGGUUUGGAAAACGAAGCUGCCAUGCACAACCACAGCCCCAGCGAGGCACCGGCGGCUGCUUCUGCUUCUGCUUCAUCAGGCCGCCAUAUAAUACCAGCCCAGGUUCAUGUCAAUGGGGAAGCUGCUGGCUUAGUGGCUGAGAGGGAAACUGACAUUCUGGAUGAUGAGUUGCCCAACCAGGAUGGACACAGUGUGGGUAGCUUAGGUACCCUCUCCUCUUUCGAUGGCACUACCAACACCAGUGACAUGGGCUACCAUGAGGCCCCCCGGAUGGAGAGUCUCACUUCCUUGCCCAAUGGUUCCUCCAAUUUCAAUGGCCUAGACAAGCUGCAUGAUUCAGAGAUGGUUAUCAAUGGUGGUUAUCCCUACAACAACCAGAAUGCCUUGCGGAACAUUAUGGGGCGUCACCCUCAUGAUCCUUAUGGGCACAUCAGGCCCUCUGUGUCUGCCCAAGAAAAUCUGGCUGGUUACCACCAGCAUGGCUUCCCCACACCUGGCUGGUUACAACCCCAACCACCAGCCUCCAGCCAGCAGUAUCCCUAUGGUUGUGACUCAGACAGCAUGUACCGCUCCCAGUCCUUCCCCACAGCUACUGCUGAAACUUCCCAGCUUCCCCAAGCACCAGCCCGGAGCACAAGCAGUCGGGAAGCUGUCCAGAGGGGACUCAAUUCUUGGCAGCAACAAGGUGGAGGUAGCAGGCCACCAUCGCGUCAACAGGAUGGUGCUCGAGACAGCCAAAGUUCAAGCAUUGCCAGCGCUAGCCCUCAGUCCAGCCCUUCACAAGCAGCCCUCUCUCAAAGCAUCAGCAUCCCUGAAUUCCCUAGAGUUGCCUCCCAGAAGGAAAUAGAGCAAUCCAUUGAAGCCCUGAACAUGCUCAUGCAUGACCUGGAUCCCUCUGUCUCCAUGAUGCACAAAUCCCAGAGUGUUCCGUUGGCUUCCAGAGAAGACAGGCCACAUCCAGUAGCUCUUUCAAUGUCUGCCCAACCUGUGAUUGGACCUCAGGUGGUACAGCCAAAGGCUACCAAUGUUUUUGGCUUGAUCCCAGGAAGCCCUUCACAAAACUCCCUAGGCACGAGUGUGCCCCAGAUGGCUGAACCAGUACCUAAAGCUCAUCCUAUGAAACUAUUGCUCAACAGUGCUGGAGAACCAGAAGGUCCAGCACAAGAUUUCAGAGAGGCCUAUUCUCCAUAUGGUUAUCAGAACCAACAGCCAGUUGUAAUACAAGGAAAGAGCCUUGGGCAGAUGGCAGGAAACCCUCCCACAUCUCCUAGGCCUCAUGCAGCAGCAAGCAAGGUCAUGGAAGGGCAGCAUCCUCUGCUAACAUCACCUCCCUCAUCCACAACAGCAGUCCAACCCCAGGCACCCUUAAAGGAAGUUGAGAAUCAUGGAGAAGCCUCUCAGGCCUCAGGGGAAGAGCCUUUGCAUCUUGAAGGUCUGGUGGCCCACAGAAUAGCAGAAUACAACGCCAAACUCCGGGACCUCCGGAAGAGCAUGAAAAGCCCCCAUCCUCCUCUUCACCGACAGCGAUCCUUCUCUUUUUCUGGAUACUUGGGCCUUCUGAAUCCACCCAGCUCUGUCCCUACAGGGGUGCAGCAACAACAAGAGAAGUCACCGGAGGAAGUUGAAGCUUUUGUCCGGAGACGUACCACCAGUGAAGGUCAAUAUGAGAACAGUCCCCAGGAACCCAGUUCACCACGAAGCCCGACUGUUCGAUCACCAAUUCACUGUGUCUCACCAGAGGUGGUCAGCACCAUCUCUGCCAAUCCUGGAGGAAGACCCAAGGAGCCCCAUCUCCAUAGUUACAAAGAGGCUUUUGAGGAGAUACAGGGGACCUCUCCAAGCAGCCCACCUUCCAGUGGUGGUGAGACUUCUCCCCCAACCCCUGCCUUCCCUGUCUCACCACAAACCCCUUACAGCAACGUGUUGCGUUCUCCGCCAGGACUGGCCAAAACUCCACUUUCAGCACUGGGGCUGAAGCCUCAUAAUCCAGCAGAGAUUUUGUUGCAGCAGACAGGAGAGGUAGAUGGGGAAACAGUAGUUGAAUAUUAUCAAGAGCCCCGGAGCUACGUGGAAUCUGUGGCGCGUACAGCAGCAGCCGGCAGUAGCGGUAUUGCUGGGAAGCCCCAGGCAUCCUUGGCUCCAGAGGCCUACAGCACUGAGACACCUGUAAGGAAUGAAUCCCUCAACAACUCCUUCACCUUGCCUAGCCCAGCCUCUGCCAGCAGCCCCAUACAUAGCACGGAUGGGAUCUCUAUAGGUAGCUACCCUUCAGAAAACAGUACCAGCAUAGCCAUUUCCUCCCAGCCAUCUGCCGAGUCCAGCUUCCAAUCUGCUAAUCUUUCUCAGGGUCCGUCAGCAUACAGCAGUUACCAAAAUACAUCUACGUCAACUCAGGGCCUGCCGGCCUAUAUGAAUGCCGACUUCCCUGAUGGCCGAACCAGCACUCAACAAGAUAACCAUCUGAGGUCUCAAGCCCAGAUCAAUGUAUCUGGGGUCCAUGUCAUGCCUGGAAGCCCCCAUGCCCUCCAUAGAACAGUAGCUACCAAUACUCCCCCUAGCCCAGGAUUUGGGCGAAGGACUGUUAGCACGAACAUGGUGGCCAUUCCAGGAAGCCCAAGUAUGAACAGGCACUUAAUGGGUCCCCAUGGCACUGUUGUUUCAUCACCUGGGAGUCCAAGCCAUUCUCGUCACCAGCCCAUAGCAGGGGGCAGCACAGCCAUUAUUUCUGGGAGUCCCAGUCUGGAUCGACACAUGAUAUGUGGGUACUCGACUCUGGAGGAAAAGCACCAAACAUUGUCUCGCCAGAGCAGUGCUUCAGGUUAUCAAGCUCCCUCUACCCCAUCAUUUCCCGUCUCCCCGGCAUACUAUCAUGGGGUUACCCCACAUUCCUCUUCCCCUGACUCGGCAGUCUACAGACAGGGCAGCCCCACCCCAACCCAACCGUUGCUUCCGGAGAAAAGAAGGAUGUCAUCAGGGGAUAGGUCCAACAGCCUGCCAAACUAUGCUACAGUGAAUGGCAAGACUUCAUCACCCAUUUCCAGUGGCAUGUCCAGUCCCAGCAGUGGAAACAGUAUGGCCUUUCAUCAUACUCUGCCAGAUUUUUCCAAAUUCUCAAUGCCAGACAGCAGUCCUGAAACCAGAGCAAAUGUAAAGUUCGUCCAGGAUACCUCGAAGUACUGGUACAAGCCAGAGAUCUCCAGAGAACAAGCCAUUGCACUGCUCAGAGACAAGGAACCUGGGGCCUUCAUCAUUCGAGACAGCCACUCCUUCCGGGGAGCCUAUGGGUUGGCCAUGAAAGUAGCUUCGCCGCCUCCAGGUGUUGUACAACAGAGCAAGAAAGGAGAUAUUACUAAUGAGCUGGUAAGGCACUUCCUGAUAGAAACCAGCCCCAAAGGUGUGAAACUAAAAGGAUGUCCCAAUGAACCCAAUUUUGGUUGCCUGUCUGCUCUGGUGUAUCAGCACUCAAUCAUGCCUCUGGCAUUGCCUUGCAAGCUGGUCAUCCCUGACAGAGAUCCUAUGGAAGAAACAAAAGAAACAGCAUCAUCCAACAACUCAGCAACUGAUUUGCUCAAACAGGGAGCAGCCUGCAAUGUGCUGUUUAUAAACUCAGUGGAGAUGGAAUCAUUAACAGGCCCACAGGCCAUCGCCAAGGCAAUCACCGAGACGCUGGCUGCUGACAUCCCUCCCUCUGCUACUAUUGUCCACUUCAAAGUCUCCACACAAGGCAUCACCUUGACAGACAACCAGAGGAAGCUGUUCUUCAGACGACAUUACCCUAUCAUUACUGUCACCUUCUGUGAUGUGGACCCACAGGAUAGAAAGUGGACUAAAUCAGAAUCUGGUGGUGCUGCCAAACUCUUUGGCUUCGUGGCUAGGAAGCAAGGCAGUACGACGGACAACGUUUGCCACCUCUUUGCUGAGCUGGAUCCAGAUCAGCCAGCUGCCGCCAUUGUCAAUUUUGUUUCCAGAGUUAUGCUUGGCUCCUCUCACAAGAGAUGAACUGUGGCUUCCCCCUUGCAGGGGGCUUCUUGCCCUUGAAUUUUGACGAAGGACUUGGAGUUGUUCCGAGAAGUAGUGUGAGGAAGUGCAUUGUGAAGGAGUGACAUGAACUGAUGGGGGGAAGGGGAGGUUAAAAAAAAGGUGAUCUGAAUUGUUGGAAGGCUGAAACCAACCAAACACAUGUAUGUAGCAGAAACCAAGGAACUGACACCAUUGCCUUUCCUUGCCAAGAUCAAGAGAUGGAAACAAUGUUAGCUUUUGGAUCAGCACAAAAUCAGAGAAUACAGCCCCGCAGUCCAAAGUAUGAAUCUUAGUAAUCUUUGUGGGAUAGUACUAUCUAAGUAGUUGCUUAUUUAGAAAAUAAGGCAAAAACAAAACCAACACAAAAAUACCCAUUGAAUAUAUGAGCUUCAGGAAUAAUAUCGAGAGAGAUGCUUAAAAAGCAGUCAUUUUUAAAAGCAAAUGCUCCCAAUUCAACUACUGCUGAAAGUAUGAAGUGUGUCUGUAUGAGUGUGUGUGCACAUGCAUGUGUGUCUGUCUGUAAUAUGCACAUAUUUCAGUAUUUAAUGUGAGGCUUUAAUGUGAGGCUUCUUGCCUCUGAUGGCUAUUCAGAAAUGUAUCUGUUGAAACCCACAUGAUCCCAUUCCCCUGAGGUCAUAGGCCUCCAUCACAUCAAGGAAAGACUUAGGAACAUCUAGUAGCAGUGUGAGAUUUACAGUGAAAGUGGGAAAUAUUUAUUUUAAUCAGUAGUCACACUCAUUCACACAUGCAUGUGCACCUAUCAAUCUGUGCAAAAGAGUUUCAGAGCUGAGAAUCUCUUUUUCAGUAAUAAUUUGAGGAGCAUGCUAGCCAAAGCAAAAUCCAGUAGUAUCUAUCAGAGUCUACACAAUGGGGUCCAGAAUAAAUUGUCCUAAGACUCUUUCCCUAAAGUGUUAAAACACCAGGAGUUAGGGAACGCCUUUCCUUUUGAGUUUAGGAUAAAGGCAGUCCUGCCCAGGCUUAUCCUUUGGGAGAUAUAUACGUGGUUUUGGAAGUUGCAUGGAAAUUAUUCAAUAGAGCAAAGGCAAGAUGAAUAAUCCAAUAAUUGGGAAGGGGGAUUCUGUUUUGAAAUCACUAAGAAUAACCAUUAUAAAGACUUGGGUUGAUGUGAGACUUUGAUUUAAGCAUGGCCCUAGCUGUUUCAAAAACAGUGGCCAUAUGUGAUUAAUUUGUCCAUUGGAGGUUCAGUAUGUAGCAAAAUUAGUUCGUUCAUUGUUGCAUUAUAACGCUUUAUUUUUGCUUUUGGAGGCAUCAAACAUUAGAUUUUGCACUGACCUGCUAAUAAUGUUAUGCUAGAUUGACAUUUAUAGUAAAAAGGGAGACUGUUCCUUUAUCUUGCAUAUCAUUUCAUGCAAAGCAACUUCAUAUCCUUUCCAGACUAAAUGAGAAAGUGUAGUGGUUGCAGAGAAGCUGUACCUUUUUAUAUUUAACAUCACAGUUGAAUCCUUCUACUAGUAUGAUUUUUGGCAUUUCUAAUGGAGGCCACAUAUACACUGUCUAAAAACUGUUCAUCCCUGGUAUAUGUCAAGGAGAGAGUGAAUAAUGUGGAUUGAUCUAUUGCAUAGAAUGUCUGUAGUGUCGUGAGAAUGUCUCACUAUCCUCCCAGAUAUCUACAAUUGGCAAAUUUUAGGCAUAAAAAUACUGUGCUGAGUGGAUAAAGAGGUGUUCUUUUCUACCAGAUCCUUUGAGUUUAUUGUGAAUUUUUCAAUAUCUACUUAAAUUAGACUCAAGGAAGCCACUGUUGUUUUGCUAUAUAUCAGCUGACCUAGUGCAGACUGGUAAAAAACUACUGAAGAGCCCAUCAUGCAUGGAAACAGUAUGAAAUCUCAACCCAUGCUUGGUUAAUAACCCAACUCUAUACAUUUUGUUCACUGCUACUGAAAUGACAGAUGCAACUCAACAAGAUCUGAUUGAAAUCACUGAGAGCACUCACUGUCCAAUGUGCUAUAUAGCCAGGUGGAUCUAAGUCUAAGUGAGUUAAUGGUAUUGGGUGGGACAGACAGAUGCCCUCCAACACAAUUUAGUGGCCUCCACUAGAAACCAUUAAUGGAAACUGGUCGCAGCAUCAAUUUUGUUCUGACAUGAAUAGGACAUGAAAUAGCAGAGAACAGAAACCUUUUGGGAUAGAGCCCAUGUCGAUGAGACCCUUCAUACAAACUUAUGCAAUAUUCACUACAAAUCAGUACAACUUGCGAGACAUGCAGUCACCUCAAUUCCCCUGGUUUUUUCAUUGCCUUCUUAUAUAAUAUAUAUAUGUAUGUAUGUAAGUAUGUAUGAAAUAUACUGACAAAAUAAUGUAAGCUAAUCAAUUUUUUUAAAAAUGAAAUUUACACAAAGUAUUUAUUUUUUUUUUUGGCCCUGUUGCUUUUAUCUUUCACCUCCAAUAUUUGCAGCUCCCUCCAUUUCUCCUACCCCAUAAUACUCCCUGUAUAGCUAACCUGCCAUCUCCAGACGCUCUGGGAUUUUCUCCUGCAAUUCUGGGAGUUAAAGUCCCAAUAUAUCUGGAGAAUAUCAGGUCUGGGGAGUGGUGACAGUUCAAAGCUUUCCUUUUGUUAAGCUGUUCAAAACCUGAGGUCAGUUCCACCUCCCAGAUGCUGUAAAAGCGGUGGCUUCUAAUACUGUGCCCCAGGGCAAUGUCAUUACACAGUGUUCCUCAUCCCCACCCCCACAUUUUUCAUCUUCUGCCUGAGCAAAUGAGCAUGAAUGCAUUUGUACUUUAUUGCUGAAUGAUGUGAGGGAUAACGGUGUGUGUAUGUGUGAAAGUGUGUGAAGAGAGAUUCAUUUCCGGAUAUUGUUGUAUAAAGCAUGGGUUUUGCAUCUGAGAGUUGUUGAGUCAGGUACUUGGAUGGAGUGGGAACAUCAGUUUUUGGUGUCAUCACCCAGGCUCUGUGCCCCAUCCACACCCAGAUGGGAUGCUGGAGACUGAGAGAGUUAUUCUUUAUGUUUGUUAUAAAUGUCUCUCUCCUUCUGAAAAAUUCAAGCAAGAUGAGUCCCCCUCCCUCACCUGCAACUGUCUCACCCUGCCAUUAACCAAUUAGAAAAAUACUGUGUCUAUAUAGAUAUAUAAAUAUUAUAAAUAUAUAUAUUUUUUGAAAGUCUCUAUUUUUCAGAUUUCAUUUUUUUUUCACUGCUUUCAAAAUUGUCCCCCUUCUCAGUGUUUGCUACCUUGUCACACGAAAAAUAUAUUGAAAAUUAAUGGUUCAUGACUUUUUUGAUGAAGUUAACUUGACAGAAGUAUCCAGUAGUCACAUAGAAGUAAAUUCAUUGGUAGGCACAUGCAUGUCAACAAAAUAUCUGCUUCCAGCCAUGCCCUGCGCACUGCUCCUAUACUAACUCACGAGCUAAAGAUGGAAAGUUUAAGAUCCCUCUCUUUUUAGCCUAUUUGCUGAGGCAAAGCUUAAUCACAUUAUAUAACUUGUUGCUUGUCCAGCUUGUAUCAAGACAGUGCUGCAUUUUAGGAAUAACCUUGUACUUAUCAUGCCGGUUUUAUGUAGACCACCUUUCCAGUGCUCCUCUCAGCUUAGGGCUCUUAAAGUGUACAUGAGGCAGAACACCCAAAAAGACACAUGCAGUUUCUAGAGCUACUGGGAAAUCUGACUCUCCCCUAAACCCUACAAUCUUUGUGCAUAUGUUGGUUGGGUCAGAAAAUUAUGACUUGUAAUCAACUUUCCUCAAGUGGCAUGCUGGGCUACUCCAGUUGUAUAUGAGGAUGUAGACCAAAGACUCAAAACUCAACCCUGGUCCAUCACGAUGGACUGUUGAUCCAGCCAUGCCAGAAUGGAUUGUCUUGGAUAUGUGAGAACUGAAAAGGGCAACUAGUUUUCAUUCUAUUGCCACAAUUUUGGCAACACCACCCUGUUUUAUCUCCUUCCUUUUCUAGAAUCUCUAACAUGGGGGUUGUUAGGCUAAGCCAACUUCCAUUAACCUGAUGUCCUCCCAAUGGGACUACAAGUCCCAGAAUUCCCAGCCAGCAUGUGGGUAGGAGUUCUAGGAGUGCCUGUACCAAGCUAUCUAGAGAGCAGCAAAUUGGGAAAGGCUGGUCUAAUUCAUGUGCCUUAUUCCCUGGUUUAUCUAGUGAUUUGCUCCAGAUGUGAGUGAAUGGCUGGCUAUAUCAAUCUUCUGUUUUUGGACUUACUCAUAAGCCCAACUUUAUCAGUGGCACAAAGAAACUUUUGUGAUGCAGAGGAGAGAACCUCUGCUCUAGGCUCAUUUACUUUGCCUCUCGUGAGCUUCAAACCCUGGGAGAGCUGCUGUUUUGCUUCUGUGUUUUUAGGGAUACAGGCAAGCAGGCUUUUAUUUGACAACACCCCACUACACAUCCAAUGCCUGGGACUCAGGUCUAAUGUAAUUUUAGCACAUGUAUGUUACGUGGUUAUUUAGAAGAUGUUAGAUUUUAUACAGAAUGCACUCAAAGCACCCUCUGUGCACAGAGUAUUACAUAAUCUUGCCAAAGAAAUCUAUUCGAAAUGCACUUUUCUCUUCCUCAUGGUUGUACAUUUAUUCUGUGUGGCUCUGCCCUUUUCUUCCAUUUUUAAAAGCUAUUUGAUUGUUUGAACUGUGUUUGCUAGUGACUUUUCUCUAGCAAUUUCUGAAAUUGUGUCCACCCUUAGAAUAACCGGGUGAUUAAGCUAAUUGUAUAUGUAGCUUGAUAUUUGAAGAAAGUUCUUGAGCAGUAAAACAGCUAAAACACAUAGCGUUUGUGAGGGAGCAGGAGGAGCGGCACUGGAAACUCCACAGACCUUGAACUUCAGCAUUUCUUCCCUCCAAACUAUUGUCUGAAACUCUCACAGUGGUUUGUUUAAAUAUCAUGUCUAAAAGUAGCCGUUUUCUAAGGCUCAUUUGAUUUCCUUUUCAGCAGCUCUGAUAAAUAUCUGGCAAAUACAACAUUUGAGCAGGCCCAGCCUUAUCGGUAGCAAAGAAAGUCAUCUGCAUUAAGCAGCGGGUGCUGGGACAGAACAUUAGCAGACAGAGUGUGUUUCUUCUUCUCAGUCUCCCCUCUAGCCACUAAGUCCUCCUGCUGCCCUUAGGUGUAUCCUCAUUGUCAAUAUUGAAGGAAAAUUCAACUGCCUGAUUUGCCAAUGUAGAUUAAAGGAGUCGCCAUCUUGUCCUUCCUCAUAAGCAGCAAAAUGGCUUGGAUCAGCCUAAUGUUAGAGUCAAAAAUGUCUCUCUUUAUCCUGACAGAGCUUGGCAAAUAUUUUCAAUCUUCUUCUUCUAUAGAGGUCAUCCAACUCAAUAUAGACAUGAGGAAUAAUUUCCCAUCAUUUCUCUAUAAUACAGAGGUUGACAUACCAGGCUGUUGUUUUAUAUCAUGGUUCACUGAUAGUCCUUAGUUCUGGGGCAGACGUUGACCCAAGUCAUAAAAAACAGCCAUCCUGGACCAAUAUCCCGACAACCAGCUGAUAUAUGUUCCCAUCCACAGUUAAUCUGGAUGCACUGGAGAAACAAAUGUGAAGAGGAAGCAGGGCCAAGUUACAUCUUCUGGCAGUAAUCAGUUUGAAUAGUUCAUAAAAGGUUGAUUCAAAACAGGCUCAAUUCAAGUUAUUUUUGUGCUGUGUAUUUAAGAAAUGUUUGGCAAAAGAACAAGCUGGUGAUAAGAUGUAUCCUGCUAAAUUUCAGAGCAAAUGUUACACUGACUUCAUGGAGUAUCUAUGUAAGGCACACUGAAAAGUAAUCUGAAAUAUUAGCUUUUGAUCUGUUGCCCUCUGUCACUUUCACUAUUAAAAGCAAGACUAUCUCCUUGCUAACAUGAUCAAGAGCCACUGCUGGACCUUUCUUCUAUGCAUUAAAUGAAGUGGUUUAAACAAAUAAACACAUAAUUAUAUUAUCAGCAUUCUUGCCAUUCUUGGGUAAUGUCUUCUAUAUUAAUCAUGCAUAGUUAUCUAGAGGGCUGCAGAACCCUCACUGGAUGUCUUAAAAUACUGGCUGGACAUCCUUUUGAUAAGAAUGUUCUUUUUCUGGAUUUCCUGAUUUGAACAGGAAGUUAAAUGGCUUGCAGGCCUCCUCCAACUUAUUUCUGAUAGCAUGAAACAGGCGGGAUGUGGGUCAUCAUCCCUUUCAUUACAUCAUGUUUCCAGAAACAAUAUUUUUUAUUCCUAUGGAUGUACAGUAUUGCUGGGUAAUAGCACUUCAAAAAAAUCUAUGGUGCGGUCUAAAGAUAGCAUUGUCCACCUUGGCAUCAAAACUACUCAGAUUUCACUUCUUUGGCUGUAGAGGACCAUCAGUGGACAUACCAGAACACAAUCCAUUAAUCAGAAUUAGGAACCAACCAACCAUUUAUGAAGUUUCUAAAUACAAAUUUAAAAAGAAUUGUGUUUUAGAUGUUUUGCAAUGGAAGAUUGCUUUGAACUGUUUGGAAGUAGCAGAAAGCAACUUCUCAAGUCAGUUCCUACCAUGAAAUAUUCCAUCUACUGAUUCUCUUUUCUACAUUUAUGUUUUCAUAAGAGAUGCUGUUUUGCUUUGUUUCAUUUGAAUUUUAAAUGAAAUGCUGUAUGUGAUUUCAUUAGUAUUAGUACAGACAAAAAAAAAUAAAAGGGAAUAGUUUUGGAAGGGAGGAAGUCUGUUCUGACUGAGCUAAGAAAAGUCAGUUAAAACUUAGAAGUAGGGACAGAACUAUCACUGAAUAAAUUAACUUUGUGCAUUGUAAGUUCUCUGCCUUAGAUAUAGACUUAAGAGUUUCUGUAUAAUGCAAAGCAAUGAAUAUUAGCAUUUCUUCUGCUGCAGCUGUUUGCAAAAUUUUGAUCAAUUUUAAACACUGGUUCUAUUCUUUGCCAUCAUAGUGGUUGCAGAGUUUUUGAUCUGCUCACCCUCACUUUUCAACAUGGUCCAUAAUCCAGAGCCCCGUAAUGAUGACGUGGUAAUACACCUAACAAGGCUCCUAUAAUUGUCCAAAUCUGCAAUUUAUGCAUCCCACUAUUCCCUAUCAUCUGUUCUCUAAAAUGUUGAGAACCUAGAAACUGAAAAAUGACAUUUUGCUUUUCACCAGCACCACCACCACCACCCCAGAAAUCACGGAGGCUUAACAAGUAAUGUAUUUAGGAUUGGUUGGUGGUUUUUGCUUGAGCAGGGCCUUUCCAAACCAAUGGAGUGAUCAUUAUUUAUAUGGAUGAUCCCUUGUAAACCAGUGGCCGUGUACCAUAAACUGACUUCACGACUGCUCUUUCAGAUUGACUCCAAACAACACAAAUCAAGCAUCUACUGUAUAUCCAGGUUGGGGGGCAGGUCGUGGUAGAAGAAAUACAUCCAAUGGAUUUUGGUUGGGUUUAUAUCUAGUAAGAUUUUCAUUAAAAUUGCCAAUAUAAACGGGAGAUCCAGAUUAAAAUUGUAACUUCUUGACUCUGUGUUGUUACUUGACUUGACUCUUACUGUUGUUACAGAUUUCUUGUCAGUAUUUAUGGCUAUAUGAAACCAUGUUUCUUUUCCUUCUUGCAUCUUCAUUUUUUUAAACCCAGAAAGAAGUAUGUAGAUGCUCAGUUACGCAUAACAGAGAGAGUAGCAAGAAGGAAGGAAAAAACUCAAACUAAACCCCCUUUUUCUGUAUUUAUAUAGACAGAAUUCUCUUUAUAUUUCACCACCCAAGCUUUCCUUUCCCUUUGUACAUCUAUUUCUUGACUCAUUGUGGUUCCAUGUAUGGCUUUAUCAAUGAUAAUAUUUUAAACCAAAUCAAUUAUAUCAAAUAUACUGUUGCUUGAAUUGCCCAGUUUGGUGUCUGGAUUGUUGGAAUUGUAUCUCAGACUUUAAGGGAGGGAAGGAAUAAAGACUCUCUACCUUUUGCACAGGG